AUGAUAAAUAAAGUAUCAGUGGAAAACAUAUCUGACUGCAAAGCAACGGCUUGUAUGGAUAAGGUUAAUACGUUCAGCUUUGACCAUGACGCCGGUGACAAGAUGGAUGAACAUUGGUGUAAAACAAUGUAUUGUGAAUGGAAUCCCAAGGAAAACGAUUAUGACAUAAAAGCGAAACUGUCAGCUGAUGCCGGUCGCAUGGAUGUUUACUCUCUCGCCCAUCUGUCCAAACCAUGUCAUGACAUAUAUAUACCUAAUGGGACGGUUAUAAUACCGUUGCAUUUUCCAUCCAAAGGCGACCAUUGUGGAUCACAGGGAGAUUUCAAAAAUACCAAUUUCAUUCCUGAUGCAUUUUGUGAUUCUGGUUUUAAUAAUUAUCAGUACCUUCCUCAAGAUUCAAAAUAUGUAACACACAAAUGUAAGCUAAACGAUGAAGGCACAGAAUGGCAAUUUCAUCCCAAAAACGCGUACAUAAAACCUGAAUCAAAUACAGGAUGGCUUAUACUACCAGCACCCGGAACGCCAAACCUUAAUGGCUCAGUUAUAUUUAGAUUACAAAGGAUGAGGGCUGAGCACCUUGAGUCGAAGUGUGGUGAUUCCAAGACAAUAUAUGCGGCUAAAGACUUGCGACAGUGUAUGUUGUUUGCGUUUGAAACAAAAGGCGUCAAUGUAAUUAACUAUUUUAGCAGUUCCAGUUCGACAUCUGUCGAGUGUAAUUUCAGAACUUGCGAAAAAUUACCAAAUGGAGACUAUGAGUUCAAUUACAAAAGAACGGAGGGAAACCAUGGUUACGAUGUGUACGCCUUGGAGCCCGACAUAAGCAUUGUACCUAAGAAUAUCAUAGAUGAACCACCAAUAAAAGAAAACGUCACGUUGCCUCAGUCAAACGAUACCAAAACAUGUCUAUCUGAAUUCCAGAGCGACACGGUUAAGAUAAAUGUGCUGACGGGGAUUGUACUAGUGCUUUUUGGCAUCGUCAUAGGUCUGCUUUGUGUAUUUAUAUAUAAAAGAGAGCGAAAUUGGAUAGAACGUACCCGUAUCUAUAGGUAUUUGGAGGGAAUAUGCCGGUCACGUUCGAGAAACGGUACAAACACGCAUAGCAGGCAAACGGAAGAAGCUCGUGAUUCACCAGGACAAAACAACGCACAAUACCAAUUGAUUGGACAAAAUAAUAGGCAAUCGACAAAUAACACAUACAGAUUCAGGUUCAACAGACAGGACACAUACAUAGUACAUAGGAUUAACAGUGGCAAAACUUGCAUAAAUACGAUAUACGUACAUUGUACAGUUGUGUAUUCCAUACCCACUGAGGGUCUAGGCACAUACUGAGCGGGAUCUAAGGAGCUAUCGCCAAGGUCCGGGACCGGGAUGGAUACAGGCUGUAUCCAUCCCGGCCCCGCUCCUAAAAAGUCAAUUUACGAUUUACGAUACAGAGUUUAUCCCUCGGGAAAUAUGUGUAUCUCCCUCGGUCCCCCGGCAGAUACACAUAUUUCCCUUGAGAUAAACCCUGUAUCCAAAACCUCCCAGUACGUAACCCUCAUUUAUUCACAAGCUAUGCAAGAUGUGUCCGAUUCCAUUCAUUUCUUAUGUGGUUGUCAAGGUGAUUACUUGGACUCUUUGAUUGGAAAAUGAUGUAUUGCCAACUUGACCCUUUCAAAAAGUGUCAAUGGAAAUGUGUUCUCUCAGUGAGAUCGUAUCUUUUAAGUGACAUCGUAGAAAAUAUUUUGCAAUGUGUGAAAAGAAUUUAAGCCCAAGACUCAAUGCUUUGUGGAAUAACCAUUCCUUUUAGGCUUUGUUUCCUAAAUUAACACUCUAUGCUACGCAUCUCGUGCAAAUGGAGAGCAACACCUUCAAGGAAUGGUCAUUCCACAUUGCACUGAGUCCAAGGCUUAAAAUACUUAAACCAAUCAUAAGUUUAUUUUUUGUUGGUAAAUUAUUGUUGUACGCAAAAAAAGAUUUUCAUGACGGGCAUCGCUUUAAGAAUGGCGGGAAUAUUUUGUGAUAAUUCCAAAUAUUACAUUUUAAGUAAAUCAAGGUGAUAAUUAUUAUUCGUUGAAAUUUUAGGUAGUAUAAUCACGGUAACUGGUCAACUCGUACCCAAGACAACUGGUACCCAAGACAACUCGUAACCAAGAUUAUUUUCAGUAUUAUGGGUGCAUAUUAGGGAAUACUGCCUUCAUACUUAAUUUUGUACCAGAAAUAACAUGUGCAGGUAUAGCAUUUUGUUACUUUCCACUUGAGCCUUAAUGGUACUUUAUAUAAUGUAAAGAGUCGAGACAUAAAUAGGUUUUUAAAACAGCAUCCAUUCAUCCGCAUGAAUAGUAGUAA